CCUCAAGACAUUAACCUCUCUCCCCCGUUUGCGGCGAGCUAGAGGCUCCAGACCGAGAGAGGAAGCUUUUCGGAUCAGGCUGCAGGGGAGAACACCAUGGUUCUGACUGUCUAUCUGAGCGCAGUUGUUCCUCGACUGAUUUUUGUGCUGCACACGGUGUUAGCGGUUUGGAGAGUGACUUUAGUGAAGAAUGAUCCCAUAUACUGGCUGCUGCUGCUUUCGAUCUUGUUGACACUAGUCGAGAUGGUCGUCACUCUAACCAUUCAGAAAGGGAAAGAUUACAGCGGAUUUUCUCCAGCACUGUUUUUUUAUCUGAUCAAUAUAAUACCUCCAGUGUGGAUGCUUGAACUGUAUCAGCUUGAUAAACGGAUACACAGUGAAGAAUGUAGGUCAAUGAACUCUUCUAUGAAGUGCACGCAUUUUGUCCAAUCAACUGAAGCACCAACUAUAAGGCUCAGGAAUUCCAGUAGCACUAUCAAUGUGGUCAUUGACUUUUUGAACAGCACACUUGACUGGACACUUGGCUUUCACCAGACGCUUAUGAUUCUGCUCAUUGUAGGGAAAUGGAUACUUCCGAUGGGAGCGGGUGUCAGACGAGACCAGUUGUCCCAGCUCCUCCUGACGUUUGUAGGAAUUGCGGCUGAUAUCUUAGAAUUUAAGAGUGAAACCCUGUCAGAGAAAGGGGUCAGAUGCCAUCCUGAAUUGGUGUAUGCAAUUCUGGCUCUUUGGACAUGGAGUAUGUUACAGUUCCCUUUGGACCUAACAGUGCUUCAGAAAACAGAGGAAUCACAUCCACAUGAGGACAAGCCAACAAAGAACGUGCACAAACACAGUGCAGACCUCUGGAAUAUUACCAUAAGUAUAUUUAUACAAGACGGACCCUUCUUCAUCUUCCGAUUAUUCUUGAUGUUCCAUAAAGGGAUUGUUCAUCAGAUGCUGCUGUUCUUCACAAUCAAGAAUGCGCUUGUGCUGACCUUACAGAUUUAUCGGUUGGCCCUGAUAUAUUUGGAAAUGCGGCAGUCAAAUGGGAGGCAACAACUGACACCCCCUGAGGACAAUGUUCCCACGUGCAACACCGAGAUGGGUGACAUCGCUGAGUAGCUGUCCCUCUUCUUGCAGAAGAGGAUUGGAAAGGGGGGACAUUCAAUUCGCUCCUCAACACUGUCCUGGGAGUAUCAGUGGAGAUUUUGUGCGCAGAUCUUUACAGUCAGCCUUGAACUCAGACUCUCCUGACUUCAGUUGGAAAUUUUGAUGUGUAUGGAUUAUUAUAUACAAUAUACCCGAUUUUUUUUAUCACAGAGUUAUACAGCAUGGAAACAGACCCUUCAGUCCAUGCCAACCAUAAUCCCAAACCGAAUUAGUGCCACCUACCUGCUCCUGGCCCAUAUGCCUCCAAACCUUUCCUAAUCAUGUAUGUAUCCAAAUGUCUUUUAAAUGUUGUAAUUAUAUCCGCAUUGACGACUUCCUCAGGAAGUUUAUUCCACCUGCAAACCACCCUCCUCUGUGUAAAGAAAUUACCCUCAUCCUUGUUUUAAAAUCUGUCUCCUCUCACCUUACAAAUGUGCCCCUUAGUCUUGAAAUUCCCCAUCCCAGGGAAAAGACAACUAGCAUUAACUCUAUCCUUAUGCCUCAUUAUUCUAUAAUCUUCUGUAAGGUAGGCUCUCAAUAUCUUACGCUCCAGUGAGAAAAGUCCCAGCCUAUCCAACCUUUCUUUAUAAAACCUUCCAUACCCAGCAACAUCCUGGUAAACCUCUCCUGAACUCUGUCCAGCUCAAUGAUAUCCUACCUAUAACUGAGCGACCAGAACUGGACAUGGUACUGCAGAAGAGGCUUCACCAAUGUCUUGUACAAUGUCAACAUGAUUUCCCAACUCCUAUACUCAAAGGACUGAGCAGUGAAGCUAAGCGUGCUAAACACCUUUUUAACCACACUGUGAUGCAAACUUCAACGAAACUUGAACCCCAAGAUCCCUCUGUUCAACACUGCCCAACACCCUACCAAAUUUAUCAUGAUAAAAUGUGCUCUGGAAUACCCCAUUCUGAAGAUUUUGAAUUAGAAUCAUUAUUUCUUUGUCGGGGUUCACAGAUUGUACGUGCGCGGUGAUCAGACAGGAAGCUCGGAAAAGAAAGACAAACUUGCGUAGUUGCUGAGCAAAAUAAAUGUUACAUUCUGUACUUGCUCACACUAUGCUACACCAAAGCAAUGAUUAGAUGGAAACAAUUCUAUCAUUGAAUAAUAGAACAUGCUGUAUAUUUUAUCAAUGUUGUGAAACACACAGUAUAUCUUCUGAGCCAAGACAGCAUGCAUUCUGAGGAGAACAAACAAAACUUUGAAGUGAUGCUUCAGUUUAUUUUUUGACAACAAAAGGAUACUAAAGAAACAGCAGUGGAGCUAGAAGUCCCAAUUGAGUCCCUUUCUUCCACGAGUGAGCUGCUGGUCUCAGGGACAAAAUCUGAAGGACAAUGACUCUUACUGGGAUUAAUUGGCUUUAUGGGAAUCCUGUGGUGUUAGAAUUACCUGAACAGUGGGGAGGGAAAUUCAUCCGGCCUGUUGACCCUGUUUUAUGCCAUGAAUUCUGCAAAAUCUAGACUUGAUAUUUCCUACUCCUCUGACUCUUUUGCUCAUAUAACCUGCCAUCACCACCAAUGCCCACCCUCACACCAACAUCUUGUUAUCUCCUGGGAAAAUAAAAGAAACAAAACAGAACCACAGUUAAUAGGUGAAAAAUGUACUCUGGAAAAUUCCUCACUGAUACUCACAGAGAAAUAAAACCAUCCAGGAGAUGACAAUCACAUCUGCCACUGUUCAAUCAGAUAGUGAGAAUUAAAAUUAUAUUCAGUUAACAGGUCAUCAGUAUUUUUGCUUUGUCACACUUAGCAUAUUGAACAGGAUCAUGCUCAAAGGUAAACAUGUUUGUUCAGUUCCUCUUGUGGUAUUGUUCACAUGCAAGUUAACAAAACUAAAUGUUCCUUGUGGAAUAUGGGUAUUACUGGCAAGGCUGGUAUUUGGUCACCCACACCUAGUUGCCCUAAAAAGUGGUGGCAAGGUUUCCGUUGAGCCACCAUGGUUCACAAUUGCAGUGGUUGGAAGCAACAGAGUGACCAGCAGCCAACCCAGAGGAGGUAAGGAUAGAGGGGUUCACAAAGCUUAUUAAAGCAGACCAUUAGCUUAAGGUGGAAUGUAGAAGGAAGGCCAAGAGCUGACUGGAAUGAUUAAGUCUGGAGGUCACAAAAUGUUACAUUUCUCGAUAAAAGAAAUGUCUUUCCUGAUAGUUAGAUAUUAUGGGAGCACAUAAUGACCACAGUUGGCUUCAUUUUCUGAUACCAACAGCAGUGAAUAUUGAGACAGACAAUUGCACAGAAAGUGUAAACUUCCAAUGAGUAGGGUGGAGCUGCCCAGCUAGCUCUAAGAAUGUCUCAGACACUGACCUCUCCGUCAGAGACUUGGGCCCGUUGUCCGACCAUUGUCCGAUACUUAGCUGAACACUUGAGCUUGUACAAUCCCAUUGUAAAUUUUUGUCAUAGUUCGCUAAACCCACUAAAAGCCUUUAAAAGCUGAGUAGAACACAGUGUUGUGACAGAGCUGUUACUCCUUGCUAUGGCUGUCUGUAGGUGGCAAUAUUGAGAGUUUUCUGGCAUAGGAAGACCCAGCUAAGAGGCCAGAUGUUUAUUUGGAAGUAUUAGCUUUUGGAGCGCUGCAUCUUCAUCAGGUAGCUGUGGAGCAGGAUCAUAAGAUACAGAAUUUAUAGCAAAAGAUCACAGAGUCAUGCAUGCAUGUCUGCUGAGUAGAGGCUGAUAGCCAAGUUCGUUGUCCAUGAGGAUGGCCGUAACCGGGACCUAGGGUUCAUGUCACACUACAGGUGACCCCACUACACUACACACACACACACGCACACAUGCACACUCUGACAUACUCAGACACUCAUGCCAACCCUCUCUCAUACAUGCGCUCCCUCUCAGAUACGCACAUGUACACCCCCCCCACUGAGAGGUGCACACACACACAAACUCACACUUACAUGCACACACUUACACUCUCUCCCACACACACAGUCUCUCUCUCCCUCCUCCCCUCAGAUGCACGCACACACACACACGUAUAAGUCUGUGGGGUGAAUUUGCAUUUGCAGAGUUGUAAUUGCAGAUACGUUCUAUUUUGUUCAAAAAGCUCACAAUCUGCAGGCAGUCAAUGCAAGCAGUCAAUCCAUGUAACAUUUUGUAAAUUCCUACUUUAGAGAUAGAACCAGUCUGACUCAAGAUGGGGAUACAGACAGAUUCUAACCUCACACCUUGAAUGCCUUGUCUGAGCCUUUUUUUAAAAUAAAACCUUAAGUUAUCUCAAGAAUGUGAUUUAUGUUCUGGGGUUUACACAUUAAUGAAUUGAAAUUUGCAACCCAUUCUAAAAGACUUAACAGCAAUCGAGGUUUGUUCAAUAUAUCGUAUCAGUUGCAUGUAUGACACUGUGAUCGUUUGCUAUAAAUUCUGUGCUUUAUGAUCCUGCCCCACAGCCAACUGAUGAAGGAGUAGCAAUCUGAAAGCUAGUAUUUCAAAUAAAUCUGUUGGACUAUAACCUGGUGUUGUGUGAUUUUUAACUAGGACACCAGAAACAGAGCUGCUGCAUCCUUCACGGUCCACGGUAUGACCCCAGUAUUGUUGCAUGUGCUGCCACCUGUAUUUUGUAAGUGUGCGGGACUUCAGUGGCCCAUGUACUGGAGAGUAGCCAAUCUUUGAUCAAAUGAGAAGAAUCUAGUGGCAUAAACAAGAUAUAGUUUAUUGCAUUUCUGCAACUGUUUACAGAUUAUCAGAUUAUGUUUGAUAUUACAUCAAAGACUUUAGGCCUGUUUCCCAUGACAUCCUACUUCCCCAAGAGGUCCUCAUGAUAUUGUCACAGUGGUUGGUGCUUGUUAUCUGCAAUAAAGUAUUAACCCUUUCAAUCCCUUCUAAACAUAUAUACAAUGCUGACCAAUAGACCUAACCUAGGGAUGGCACUGCGUUUUAUAUGUCUUCAUUAUUGGUCAUUAUCUUUACAACUAUAUGAAAUUUUCUGAACGACAUCAUUGUAUGUGGCCUCACAGUGCAAGUAUGUUUGCUAUCCUGAAAAUAUGCUUAUUGUCAGUCCUCAAAACAAGUUCUUUUUCCUCACUAUUGCUUUAUACCAAAUUCAACUAGAUUUGCCCAUUUGGUUUUGCUUCUGCUCUGUUCCUAAUGAGCUACUUAAGGACCUGUCCCCAACUUCUCAUUGGCUUCAAAUCAUGUUCCCAACAUGUAGAACCUCACAGUGGAGAAGACAGUGUGAACGGUAAAGUAUUCGCUGCUGUUCCACGAUGAACAAGAGAAGAUUUGUGAGACUAAAUUCCUCAAAACAUUUCAGUCUCUAAAAACUGACAGUGUCUUGAAAUUGUGCAGUUCUAUGUCUUGAUCAAUAUUUUUGCUUCCUUGUUAUUUUCGGUCUUAGUGCUGUCCCAUACUAAUUGCUUUGAUGCUUCACACAGAUAACUACAGCCAAAGGCUCAUUGUGUUGUGGUUAUGUAACUGGACUGAUAAUUUACUGCUCUGUGAGUACAAAUCCUGCUGUGGUCGUUUGCGAAUUUCAAUCGUAUUAAAAUAAGAAUAACAACGAAGCUGUUGCAUUGUUCAAGGACCAGCUUAUCACUAAAGGAAAUAAACUUAACCUUGCAACUUGCAGCACAUACCAAGGUUCUCUUGUGUAGCCAUAAUUUUUUAUGCAGCAAAUAUGGCAGUCAGUAUGUCCACAGCAAGAUCCCACAAAGAGAAAUGUAAUACGAAUGAAGUCAUCUGUUUUUGUGAUGUUUUGAUGAAUAUUGGCAAAAACAUUGGGAGAACAUAGUGCUUUGAAAGACCUAUUAAGACCCACAUGCCUACGCCUUCCACAUAAUCUUGCCAAUGUUUUCUAUUAUUUCUCCAGUUCCCCUUUGAGAGUUACUAUUGAGGCUUAUUUCACCACCCUUUUCAGUAAUCCUUUCUGAGUCAUCAUACGUUUCAGUGUAACAACAUUUCGCUUAAUUUUCCCAUGAGUUAGCCAACCUGCUGCCUAUGGAAAUAGUUCCUCUUUCCAUACUGUUAUUGAAACACUUCAAAAUUUUUGAACAGCACCCUUAAUCUUAAAAAGAAUUUUCUCUAAUCCUUCAUCACUGAUAAUCAUCUUCGCUCCAGGAUAUCACUGCAGGAGUUCCACAAGACAGCAUCCUAUUGUAUAUAUUAUCGAUUUGAAUAUGGAAGUAGGGGCAUAAUCGAGAAGUUUGUAGAUGGCACAGAAAGUUGGCCACAUGGUUGAUGGUGAGAAGGACAGCUGUAGACGGCAGGACUGUAUCAAUGGAUUAAUCACAUGGGAAGAAAAAUGGCAGAUGGAUGAGGAGGUUAAACAAGGCAAAGAAUCACACAAAUAAUGGGAGGUGCAAUGGAAGUGAGGGACCUUGGAAUUCAUCUUCACAGGCCCCUGAAGGUAGUACAAUAGGUCAGCACAGUGGCUCAGUUGUUAGCACUGCUGCCUCACAGCACCAAGGACUCGGGUUCGAUUCCACCUCGGGUGACUGUCUAUGUGGAGUCGGCACAUAGUCACCGUGUCUGCAUGGGUUUCCUUCCAGGUGCUCCAGUUUCGUCCCACAGUCCAAAGAGGUGCACGUUAGGUGGAUUGGCCAUACUAAAUUGCCCAUAGUGUUCAGGGAUAUGCAUGCUAGGUGUGUUAGCCGUGGGAAAUGCACGGUGACAGAGGAUGGGUUGGGUCUGGGUGAGAUGUUCUUUGGAGAGAGGUGUGGACUCAAUGGGCCGAAUGGUUUGCUUCCAUACUGUAGGGAUUCUAGGUGAAGAAGGCAUUUGGAAUGUUUCCCUUUAUUGGCUGAAGUAUAGAGUAUAAGAACAGCAUGAUGCUGGAACUGGAUAAAUUAUUAGUUAAGCCACAACUUGAGUACAAUUUGUGUGAAUUUCUAGUCACCUCCUUACAGGAAGGAUGUAUGAUUCUGCUCGGCAGGGGACAAAGGAGGGAACAAGCUGGCACUGGGAAAUGCAGCUCUGAGAAAAGACUGGAUAGACGAAAGCUGUUCUUAAUGGGACGCAGGAAGCUGAGAGGAGAUUGGAUGAGUUGCCCAACAUUGUAAGCCCCUGGAUAGGGUGGAUCAGAUGGGAUUAUUUAACAUAGCAGAAAGGUCUGCAACACAAUUUUCAAAGAUCUACAUACCUGAACCCCUAAGUCUCUCUGGAUGACAACACUACCCAGGGCCCUAUCAUUAACUGUAUAAGUCCUGCCCUUGUUUAUUUUACCAAAAUGUAAUACCUCACAGUUAUCCAGACUAAACUCUAUGUGUCGCUGCUCAGUCUAUUGGCCCAACUGAUCAAGGUCUCUUUGUAAUCUUGAUCUCACUCUUCAUUAUUGACUCUACCAGAGUCAAAAAUUGUGGCACUGGACUGGAAAAGCACAGCCGGUCAGGCAGCAUCUGAGGAGCAGGACAGUCGACGUUUCUAUGCUCGAAACGUUGACUCUCCUGUUUCUCGGAUACUGCCUGACCUGCUGUGCUUUUCCAGCGCCACCCUUUUUGACUCUGAUCUCUAGUAUCUGCAGACCUCACUUUCUCCCCAUUAUUGAUUCUACCACCAACUUUGGUGUCAUCCACAAACUUACUAACCAUUCCUCCUAAAUUCUCUUCCAAAUUGUUUAUUUAAAUGACAAACAACAGCGGACCCAGUACCGAUCCCUGCAGCACAUCGCUGGUUACAGGACUCCAGUCUGAAAAACAAUCUGCAACCAUCACCCUCUGCCUCCUACCAUCAAGCCAACUCUGUAUCCAAUCAGCAAGCUCUCCCUGAAUCUCAUGUGAUCUCACUUUACUAACCAGUCCACCAUGUGGAACCUUGUCAAGAGUCUAUCCCUCUGUCCUCAUCAAUGUUUUUGGUUGUGUACUCAGUCAAGUUUGUGAGACAUAGUUUUCCAUGGACAAAGCCAUGCUGACUAUCCCUAAUCAGUCCUUGCUUCUCCAAAUGCAUGUAAAUUCUAUCUCUUAGAAUUCCCUCCAAAAACUUACUCAGCACUGAUGUCAGCCUCACUGGUCUAUAGUUCCCAGUCUUUCUUAAAUAAAAGCCAUCCUCCAAUCCUCCAGCAGCUCACCUGUAGUUAUAGAUGAUACAGAUACCUCUGCUACGACCCUGCAAUUUCUUCCCUAACUUCCCACCAUGUCCUGGGAUAUACUUGAUACUGAUCAGGUCCCAGAGAUUUAUCCACGUUAUGAUUCUUAAUAGCUCCAGCAUCACCUCUUAUAUAAUGUGGGCUGUUUUUAAGACAUCAAUAUUUACUUGCCUGAGUUCUCUAGUCUCUAUGUCUUUAUCCACAGUAAACACUGACACGAGAUAUUUGUUUUAUACCUCUCCCAUCUCCUGUGAUUCAACACAUCAUUGAUCUUUUAAGAGGCUCUACUCUCUCCCUCUUGCUCUUUUGUUCUUAAUGUACUAGUAGAAUCUCUGAACUAUUCUUAACCUUAUCUGCCCAGGCUAUCUCAUAUCCCCUAUUAGAACAUAGAACAUAGAAAGAUACAGCGCAGUACAGGCCUUCGGCAGAUUUCCCUCCUGAAGCUCCUACAUCCCUCAUACUCUUCAAGAGAUUCACUUUGUCACAAAGGUGGUCUCUUCUAAAAGCUCAAAUAUAUUCUGUCCCUGAUUUUUUCAGAGGGGUAAUAAAGCAGGCCGGGCUCCAAUUAAUCUGGUUUGGUAUAGAGAUUAAAGGGUAUUGCGAGGCCUUUUUGUUUAUGUAUAAACAGAUAAGACUUCAGGCUAAAGUGGUCAUGUUUUAGAAUUAACCUGUAUAAUGAAAGGGGAAUGGCCAGCUCUCUAGCUGAGCGGUUUCGGUCAGUCCAGAACUGGUUGGGAGUUCAACAGUGAGCUGUGUGGAAACUCUCUCUUCUGCCCUUCUAACGUCAACCUGUAAGCAUCUGGCCCUUUUUUGUGCUGUGUUUUAAAGGAGGUUUGCUAUUUGGGACUAUUGUGUGUAUUCGGAACAGCUUACUUAAGUCUAGUUUGAAUAGCCUGAGUUCUGUAGGUGUCCUUUAUUCUGUUCUUCAUGUUUCAUUGUGUAAUUUUGUGAAUACAGUUUUUGUCUGUUUUACACCUGGUAAUCAAUCUUGCUAACUUAAUCUGGGCAAUUUUCACUAUACACUUACCAAAACAAAUUGCAAAGUUAUGGUCUGGGCUGCCUGCUUAAGAAUGUUUUGAGAGGUCUGGCCUAGUCCAUAACAACGUGAUCCUGGUUGUCUAUAUCUAAUUAUGCCCCCUUUUUAUUUUUGACCAGAAGCUCAAUACCUUUAUCCAUUGUUCCUUACACUUACCAGCGUUAUCUUUCAGUCUAACAGGAACAUAUUGCCUCUGAACUCUCGUUAUCUCACUUUUGAAAGUCUCCCACUUGCUGGUCGUCCCUUUAGCUGCAAACAGAUUACCCAAAUCAGCUUUCGAAAGUUCCUCUCUCAUGCUGCCAAAAUUUGCUUUACUUCAAUUAAGAACUUUAAGUUUUCUCCAAGGCUAGGCUUUUCCACAACUAUUUUAAAACUUAUAGAAUUAUGAUUGCUAGUCCAAUGGUGCUCCCCCAUUAACGCUUCAGUCACUUGUCCUGCCUUACUUCCCGGGAGAAAGUCAAGAACUCACAUCUUGUUGCCCCAAAACCUUUCGAUCAUCUAUAAAGUACAAGUCAUGGGUUUGGUGGAAUACUCUACACUUGUCUGGAUGGGUAGAUCUCCAAUAUCACUCAAGGUCAGAGCAGCCCACUGAAUUAGCUCCCCAUCUCCAUCACCAAUACACAGUGGCCACAGUAUGUACCAUUUACAAGAUACACUGCAGCAAAGCUCCUUCGAUUGUACCCUUCAAACACAUCAUCUCUACUUGAAGAGUGCCAAUGGGCAGCAGGUGCAUAUGACCACAAUCAUCUACAAGCUCCAGUGUCAAAUGUUAUUCUGAUCUGAAACUGUGUUGAUGCCAUUUCUUCAGUGUAGGUGGACUCCCUUCCCAACAGCACUGUGAAUGUACACAGUGGACAGCAAUGAUUCCAGAAGGGGGCCUUCUCUAGAGCAACUAGAAUGGGCAAUAAACACUGGCAUUACUAACAUAUCCCAAGAAUGAAUAAUUAAAAAAUAAUAAAUCUCCUUUGCACUCUCUCCAAGGCCUUGAUAUAUUUAAUAAGAGGUGAUCUUAUUGAGAAAUAUAAGAUUCCUGGCAGACUUGAGAGGAUAGGUAUGGAAAGGUUCUUUCCCCAUGUGGGAGAGUGUAGGACCAGAGGGCAUAAUCUCUGAAAAAAGGGUUACACAUUUAAGACAGAGGUGAGGAAGAAUUUCUUCUCUCAGAGGGCAGUGAAUUCAUGAAAUUCUUUAUCACAGAGGGGCUGCCGAAGUUGGGCUCUUAAGUAUAUUCAAGGCUGAGACAGCCAGGUUUUUUAUCAGUAAGGGAAUCAAGUGGUAUGGAAAAAGUAGAGAAUUGGACUUGAGGAUGAUCAAAUCAGCUAUGAUCACAAUGAAUAGCGGAACGGACUCAAUGGGCUACUUCUGCUCUGGCAACUUAACAUCUUAUCGAGUUUAACAUCUUAUGUUUACUAAUGUGCCUGCACAGAAUUGAAUUCAGUUUUCCAAUUAGUGCCUUACCAGUGAUAUGUAAAGACUUACUAUAACAGCUUUGCUUUUAUACCUUACAUUUCUAUUUAAAGGCCAGAAUUUUAUCUGCGUUUUGAUAGUUUUCUUAGUUGGUCCUCCCGACUUCAAAGACAUUUGUACGUAAACUCCCAGGCUGUGCUGUUGCUACUGAAAAAUGUAUCAUUUAGGUUAUCUUUCUCUCAUCGUUCUUUCAACCAAAUGCACCUCUUCACAUCUCACUGCAUUAAAUUUUACCUGCUAAAGCGUCUGCCAAUUUCAUCAAUCUGUUGAUGACCUCCUGAUGUCUGUUCCCUACAUUUCCACAUAUUAUGUCAUCUGUAAAUUUUGCAAUUACUUUCUGUGUGUAUCCCAAUGCAGGCUGUCAAUGUACAUCAAAAAGAGCAGAGUUCACCAAGAAAGAACAUGGAACUCAUCGUUUCUCUCCAAACUGUAAAUAAGCAUUCACUGCAAUUUCUGUUUUUAGACAAUUUCAUAUUCAUGCUGCAAUUGCUCCUAUAAUACUUCAAUAUUGCGAAUCUAUCUGUUAUUUCAUAAAUCUCUUUUGAAAGCCCAUUUGAAACAUACAUCAUCAAUCACGCUACCUUUGCUAACCAUCUUAGCUUUUUCAUUAAAGAAAUUAAAUCAAUUUAGAAACGCAACUUGAUUUUAUAGAUCCAUCAUUGCUUGCCUCAGCAAUAUAGGACAUAUCUCACUAACUUCUAGUUGCAAGAUACCGCUCUUCCAAGUAUCUCCUCUUCAUUUAGUUUUACCCUUCAUUUUCUAUACAAUGUUUUUUUUUGUGUGACAUUGGCAGCACUCUCCUGCGCAAUUCUCCUGUGUAAUCUCUCUCUUUUGGAAAUGAGCAGGGGUGGAUCCUGCGAGAGGGACUGCGCUGGAUGGUCUUUGAAUUGUCAUAAUGUUUGUAAGCUGUACCAUGCUUGGAUAAUUGCAACUGUAUGUUUAAAAAUCCUUGAAUCUGUGCCACAAAGGAACAGAAUGUUUUUUUCAUGUUUAUCUUCACUUCUGUUGUUAAUAAACUUUUAUUUUGUUUUAUUGUUAAAA